AUGGUUCGUCCUUGUUUCCACAAGCUGGUUCUCCCCAUCAUUCUUCAGUCCAGACAACUGAGGAUUCCAGAUAAUUUCCUGAGGAAAUAUGGGACCCAGCUUUCUACAAUUGCUACCCUCACUGUUCCUGAUGGUAGUGUUUGGCGUAUAGGAUUGAAGAAAGCGGACAGCAGAAUUUGGUUUGUUGAUGGUUGGCAAGAUUUUAUUCAACGAUACUCCAUUACUGUUGGAUACUUUUUGGUGUUCAUGUAUGAAGGGAAUUCGUCCUUCAUUGUUCAUAUUUUUAAUUUGAGUACCUCUGAGAUAAAUUAUCAAUCAGCAAUGAGAAACCAUAAUGAAGGGCCCUGCUUUGCAAAUUACCAUCAUAUUUUUGAUGAAAUGGAAGAUGUAGACUCCCUUGAUUUGUCAUCUCCCUACCUUACAUCCGGUACCUUGCAAAACAAGGGUUUUGCUGGAUCUUUAGAUCCACUGGCAUCAGGAAAGAGUCAUACUCCAGCUUUGCAGAAUUUGUUCAAUGGUGGAUCAAAACUCAAUCGGGUAAACUGGGGCGACAGCGGGAGUGCUUAUUCUUCGAAAGGUGCUAAUUCACAGGGCAGUCAGUCAACCAGAGACAUAGGUGUUCAGUUUAACGCUGUUGAGUUUAAAAGGUCCACUGAAGAAUUGAAAUUGCGUUAUUCUAAUGAGGAAGCAGUUAAUAAAACUGCAAAAAAGAAGCGGAAAUCAGAUCUCCAGGGCGAGGAACCCUCUGGUGAAAAUGAAGAAGAGGCAGAAAUGCGCUAUAGGUUUUAUGAAAGUGCAUCUGCAAGGAAAAGAACAGUGACAGCAGAAGAAAGAGAAAGGGCGAUUAAUGCAUCAAAAGCAUUUGAACCGACUAAUCCUUUCUGCCGAGUCGUCCUGCGACCUUCCUAUUUAUAUAGAGGAUGCAUAAUGUAUUUGCCUUCGUGCUUUGCAGAGAAGAACCUGAAUGGGGUGUCAGGAUUCAUUAAACUUCAACUCCCCAAUGGCAGACAGUGGUCCGUUCGCUGUCUUUACAGGGGAGGUCGAGCUAAGUUAAGCCAAGGAUGGUUUGAAUUCACAGUGGAGAACAAUUUGGGGGAAGGUGAUGUCUGUGUGUUUGAGCUCCUUAGAACGAAGGAAGUUGUGCUGCAAGUUGCUGUGUUUCGUGUAACUGAGGAUGCAGGGUUGUUGAACUCUCCUCCUCCUGUGCAGCAGCACAGCCCAAAUAUGAGCCACACCAAACUCUUAAACCCUCAUUUGCAGCAUCGUCUCAGUACAACCAAAUUGAUUAGAAAUUAG